GGAACGACAACGAAGUGUCAGUGUGUUCAUAAAUUGGAUUCAUAGGAUUUCUAAUCUCAUUCAUUUUGCUGAGCGGGAAAAGUUAAUAUUGUAAAGUUAAUAACAUUAUCAAGAAAACUCGAUGAAAUUCGUUUCAAAGCCGGCAUUAAAUGUCUGUGUAACGAUAAUAAGUGCGUUUUGAAAGCAACAAACGGUAGUAAAUCUUAUCGAUUUGCGACGUAGUCACGUAGUAAACAUUUGUUAUUUACAGCCAAGAAUAUCAAAAAUUGGUCGUAUUCAAGUACAAUGAAUAUGGAUAUGGAUGGUGGUAAUGAUAACAAUUGGAGAGGUGUGCCUUUGAGUGAGUUAUACGGGUCACAGUCUCCGUGGGGAGCUCCAGAGUUCAGUCUCGUUUCACCGUCUUACAACCAUGCAGUAUUGUACCAUGUACCAAGCAGUGGAUGUCUGGCAACUGACAGGCCACCGAAGCCGCAGAUAGGACAAGACAAAUGGGAUUCUGAACAUGUCCGGAUGCCUUGUUCUGAUCAGAGUCUUUACCCUGUUGUGGAUAAUAAUGGUGAGAAACAUCUCAAGAAACGCUGGAAGAUGAUUGAAAAUGCUCUCUCAAAGCCAAUACGCAAUAGCCAUGAGUUGGGCAACGCAAUACUUAGCUACAACACUAACUUCCGAAAUGUUUGGAAGUUCAAAGGACUGCAUAAACUUUUUAAUGAGUAUUUAGAAGAAGAGGAGACUCAAUAUUUUUUUGAUGUUACUCUACCAGAGAUUAUUAAACUUGCAUUGGAUCUACCUAAAUUGGUGCAGGCACCAAUACCUUUACUCAAGCAACACAAGAACUUCUCAGUGUCUCUAUCCCAGCAACAGAUAGCGAGUCUUCUUGCGAACGCGUUCUUUUGCACAUUUCCCAGAAGGAAUGCUACCAAGAAGACUUCUGAAUAUGCUUCAUAUCCUUUCAUUAAUUUCAACUCGUCCGGUCUGUAUGAGUCAACAAGCUCAAAUGCCAACUUGGAGAAACUGAAGUGUAUAUGUCAUUACUUCAGAAGAGUUGUGACUAAAGUCCCGGUCGGCACGCUGACGUUCACCCGCCGGUCGGUGCCGCCCCGCGACUGCCCCUCCUGGCCGAAGUCUUCAAUACCACUAGGCUCCAUACCCUUACACGUGGAACCCCUGAGUACUAUAGAAGAUGCUGACUCAUUGAUACAAAUCGAUUUUGCUAACAAGUUUCUAGGGGGUGGCGUGUUGGGUCAUGGUUGCGUACAGGAGGAGAUUCGGUUCGUGAUAUGUCCAGAGCUGAUGAUAUCCAUGUUGUUCACUGAAGUAAUGAGGCCCAAUGAAGCUCUGAUAAUCAUUGGCGUGGAGCGCUACAGUAAAUACGUGGGCUACGGUCAUAGUUUCGAGUUUGCGGGCGACUACAAAGACAGUACGCCGCGGGACUCUUCCGCGCGACGCCGCUGCGCAGUACUGGCCAUAGACGCCGUGCCAUACAACAGUCUAGCACAAGAAUUCCAUAGGGAUGCUAUUACUAGGGAACUUAAUAAGGCAUGGGUGGGGGUUUCGUUCGACACGGACGCUAGCAGCGAGAGGCUGCAGUACCCGGGCGUGGCGACGGGCAACUGGGGCUGCGGCGCCUUCGGAGGGACGCCGCAUCUCAAGAGCCUCCUGCAGCUCAUGGCCUGCGCCGCCGCCCGCAGACCCAUGGCAUACUACACCUUCGGGGACACGCAGCUCCGGGACGAUAUCGCCAACAUGUACAACUUGUUAGCACGCCAUCAUGUCACCGUUGGCCAACUGUAUAGAUACAUAGUGAGGUUUGCGCAGGAAAACAAUAUACUACUCACACGUUUCUACACGUAUUUGGAAAAAGUGAUUAACGAGAACAAAGAAUCAUCGCUGAACUCCAGUGAUAACAUGAUGGAUACUAGCAUCAGUGAAUCGGCGCGCGAAACAUUAGUAAUCGAAGAUGAACUAACAAACAAUUCUCCCGACUUAUUCUCUCAAGACGAAAUAGACGAAAGUUUAAUCGAAGUGACAAUACAAUCAGAAAUGAAAGCCAACAAAACUGACUCAAAACAGGAGACUACACCAAAAAUCGUCAGAAAACAAGAAACAAAUACCAAUGAGCAAGCAAAAACUGUCAAGUCAUCUAACAAUUUAUCUGAAGAACAAAUCGAACAACAGAUGUGUCAACAAGUCGACGAACAAGUCUGUCAACAGGUCGACGAACAAAUCUGUCAACAAGUUGAACUCACAAAAGAAUCAUCGAAGUCCCCACCAACAUCUGAUACGAAAAGAAUGUCUCUAGUAGACGCGGUCACAAUAAUGGAAGAAGGUGAAAAACAAACACAUACAUCGUGCGAUUCUAAUAAAAGGUUCUCCUUACUUGGUGAUAGUAAACCGGCAAUGGUUAGUGAAACUAAAUCAACACCGGAACGCAAAAAGAGUAAUCCAAAGAGCAAAAUACCAUACUACUUUAAAACUAUAAAUAAAUAAGUCUGUUUAUGAACUUUUUGUUCUGUCUCGAAGGGUUUUGCUAGAAAAGUACCAUAAAAUUUCUUGUAAAUAAAUGGAUAUAUGUUUACAAUAGUCAAAUUAAACUUGGUCUUUCUUCAAUGUUCUUAAAAAAAAUUAUGUACUUAUAUUUACCAAAAUACGUUUCAAAAACACAGCAAAUGUACAUAUGUUAUGUAUAAAAAAUUAAUUACUGUUCGUAAAUCUCGAGAAAAGUUAAACUAAUUUUGCAAAAUUUUCUAAUAUAUUUGUUGAAGUACAAAAUGUAUAAAAAGUCAGGUAUUAGUUGUCAUUAGUUAAUUACACAUUUUCUACCCUAAACAACCAUAAACGACUUUUAAUAUUUGGUAGGGUAAAAAACUGACCAACUGACAUUAGAAAAACAGAUUGAAAAGAGGAGUUUCUUGCUAUAGGCAGAAUUUUAAUUCGAUUCCACAUUUGACAUUAAAUACUGUUAUUUUGUGAAAUAAUGAUACCACAUUAUAAUGGUGUAGUGAUGAACACAAAAAUCGAUAAUCAAUCGUUGUGUGUGCC